AUGCUAAAUGGAAGCCGCUUGGGAUCCUUGUGCUGGAGGUUGCGUUGUUCGGCAGCUGCUGUCAACGUUCGGCAAGAUCUGCUGCGAAAGACCUGGCCACAGGCGCCGCCAGAGUGGAUCGAAGAAGCAGAGGCGAAGGUGGAGUUUGCUGGAAUUCAGUGCCUUGCCGUCGAGAGAUCUGAGUCCCGGAACAGUGGUACGACGGAACCGAACGACAGGACAUUGUUAUCGCUCGUGGAGCCGUGCGAUGCUCAUGUCCUCGAGGUCAACAGCCCAACGUUCGUGGUCCAUGACGAUGCAGCAGAAGGGCCAGUGGAGGUUCAGAUGGGAACGGCGGUGCGCUUUGUGGUUCCUUUGUCCGGCGGGGACAGCCACUUGGCAAGUCGCGCUAAAGUGCAGAUUUGUGGGUGCAGGACAAGACAGGUGCAGGUGGAAUCGAAGAUGUGUGCAGCCUUGAAGCUCCAAGGCCUUACACAUCUAUUCAAAGGUGUUUUUGCCAUCGGGCUGGAGCUUCAGCUUCGAGAAGAAUCUCGUGAGUCGAGCCGCCUCCUGGAUCAAGAUGGAUGCAUCCAAGAUACCACCCAUAUAAGGCGACCUGCAGUGUUGGAGCCAUUCGCAGAAACUGGAGAAUAUUUGGAGCCAGACCAGGCUGCACAUGUGGAGACCCAGGUGCAAGCACGAUUCUCCAGGGAGAGCUUGCUGCGGCAGAUUCUGAGCAGCAUGGGUAACUUCUUCGCAGCGGGUAUGCCGCGUUCCUUGGUGCCGAGGAGCUUCAUGCACUCUGCGCCGACGUCGACGAGUCGGACGGGCACGGAUCGUUUCGAUCGCAGCUUCGUCUUAGCCGACCUGGAGUUGUCCUGCUCGGCAGCCGCUUCGCAAGGAGAUUGGCUCGGUGAUCAUGUGUCCCUGUCUCUGCGCUUCGCUCGUGCUGUGGCAGCCCUGGAUGCGUCUCCUUGGCCUUGCGAGGCUCAAGCACAGGCUGUGGCCGUCGGCCCUGAGGACGGCCUCGGGAUUCCGGGCUUGCGGGUCUCGGUAGAGCGCUUCUUCGCAUCCUUGGUGGACGACCCAAGGCCAGCGGGCGUGGAAGAGCCGCCUCCCCUCUCAGGCCGACCCGAGUCAGGGACAGAGGGGAUAGAGUGGGAUGCCUGGGAGGAGCUCGACGACUUGCCUGUUCUCGGAUCACCGACGCCUCGUUCUCCUGAUCGUGCGCAGGCAUCGCCGACAUCCAGUGCUAGAUCGCUUGUCAAGGACGAACCCUCGCACGGCGACGACCUGCAGGACCUGAGAUCGUCUUUGCAGGCAUCCGUGGAUACUGGUGAAGCCCAGGCGCGUCUGCAAGGCAUGUCCCAAAGUAUACGAUAUCGGUUCCUGUUAGUCGAUUCCAUGUCUGGGACCUACUUGACGCGAGAAUUUUCACACCUCGGUUUCCACGUCCGAAGCCAGGCGGGGACGCGACAGGCCGGAAGCUCUGAGAUGGGCCGUAUCGGCCGCCUCAGCCGGGUCGGUCAGGUCGAGGUCGACUGGCCUCUUUGGAGAGCUGGUGGCUGGAAGCCGAAUGAGGAGACUUGGCCGCGAACGCCUUUGGCAGAGUACUGGCCCUCCCUCGCUGAAGAGCCCUUGGCUGCGGAGGAUUUUUACGGCCGCCAGGCCAUCUACCGUCGCCUCAUCGCGAUCGAGGAGUUGCAGAGUUUAUUUCCUGGUAUACAGCUGAACGGUUGCCCGACGCGGCAUUUUCUCUGGGCUUAUGCCGUGCAGUUGGACUGGCAGUGGCGCAGUGGACGCCUAGGUCCGGACCGAUCCAUCUCACCCGACAGUUGGUGGGGCUGCGUGAACUACACGCUUUCUGUGCUUCCAUUUCUGGGAGCCGUGGAGGCCGGACUUCUGGAGCCCACGGCGCUGCAGGAGCCCCCGUCGGAGUUGAAGGCGGCCCUUGCGUCUUGGACCAAGUUCUGGCAGGAACUGAAGGUGACGGCACGGCAGCAAGAGGGCGUGGCACUGACCGAGCGACAGCUGGAUAAGGUUCAGCAGGCGCUCUGGCUCUGUCACACCGAGUCCAUUCAGGCGUCACAGAAAAUCUAUGAGCCACAGCUGCUCCUUUUGUCCAAAGAAGAACAGCUCUUUGGCUCCGGCUGGGCUCGCUUCGUGGAGAUCCUAGCAGCUGUGGCCUGGAGGACCGACCUGGAGGCGGUGGCUGAGUUGGGCGCAGGAUACUUGCCACUGACUCGCCUCGCCACAGAUGCAGAUGGCAGCCACGGGGGAGAGCCGAGGGAAGAGGAGCUUUUCCGGACAGGCGUCAGCACGGUGCAGCAAGUCGCGACGGUUUCUGAACGCAGCUUGCGGCUCAUGGUGAGCUUCUGGCGUCGAGUGGGACGUAACUUCUCCCGCCGAGUUGCCGUGCCGGAGGUCAUAUUGACCUUGACACGCCAGGAAAGCGAGACUAGAAUUAAAAAGCCCUGGGAUGGACUGCGUCUGCUUCGCGAGUCUGCUCCGACCGCAGAAGCGGUUUUCUACGGUGCAGGAGAUCCGAUUCGUUUCGCCCGCACGGAGAUCAAUGACACAGACUCGCCUCUGACCAGCUUGAUGACCAAGCCUGCAGCCACGACUCGCCUGGACGAGACCGACGAAGCUUUGGGCUCGUUUCCGGCCACAGAGGCGGCAGACUCGCCGUUCAGGGAGUCUCCACACCGUGCAUCCUGGCCGGCGGCAGAGCCCAGGGAUGUCAAGGCUGGAAUCUGCCUGCUGGAGCAAGACCCUCUGCCAGCAGAGGCCGAGGCGACAGAGACUAAAGACAGACAGAGCGAGGUCGUCGCCAGCAAAGCUGCCGGCCUGCCUCUUCAAAUGUUCAUAGCAGACGAGAUGCUGCCCCCAGCAGCGCAGCUUCGGGGAGAUCUUGCGCAAAGGAUUGCUGAGCUGGAUCAACUGCAGCACUCGCUUCUGGCAAGAAUCGGUGUCGACAAGUCGGAUGCGGCUCCUAGCGACACCUUCAAGAAGAGUGGCGAAGCGGAUGACGUCGACGAGACCGACGCGGCGCCACAUGAGGAAAGCAGAAAGGAAAGCGACGGUGCUGGCUUUCCCUUGCUCUCCGGCCAUGGCGUGGAAUCUCCCUCUUCGAAGGAGUCGGCACGCGAGCUGCCCGACGAGCCGGAACCCGCGUGCGAGGAAUCCCUCGGUGGCCCCGAUGCCGACGACAGCCGCAGACCGGAGGGUGACUCGCAGGCGCGAACGGCGACCCGAGAAUUGCCAGCAAGAGGGCGGCCUGUGCAGGUUUCGGCCUUCAAGGGUGCUGGAGCACCGCCACCCCGGACCAAGGUCGUAGAGGCCACGCCGCAGCACCUCCUCGUGCCAAUCCAAGCAAGUGGUCGCCUGCUCAGCACGCUGGAGCCAGAGCCGGGAUGGGCCCAGCUCGUCGAGGGCAAGCCCUCCGGCCUGGCACUGGGCGGCCGCGGUCCACUUCCCGUUUCCUUGAGCGCAGACGCCCAGGAGUCCAGAAGCCUCGGCGCCGAAACCUCCGCGGGCCGCUGCAGGGAGUCCGAUCAGGAGCCCAUCUCCCUCCACAGUCCGGCGCCCACGGAGCUGCCCAAGACCUCCCUGGGCCUUGGGAGGAAGUCGCCGGAGACAGCCCAGACAGCACCGACAACCGCCCUGACGGCCAUGUCGGAGGCCGCUUGCCAGACGACCUGGUCUUCAUCAAUUGCGUCCGAGGUUCUAUCUUGGACACCGUUUCGCAGUCCGGCAAGCGCCCGCCUCGCCGAAACGCAGCGCACUGCUACAGCCACGUCUCUCGCGACUUCGCCGCCGAGGCAGUUCCCUCCGCGGCCGCCCUUGUGGUCUCCAGCCACGACGCCCCAGCCGAGCCCAGACCGCUCCCAGGAGUCCCCAACACUCCGGCUCAGCGGUGCUGUGCCGAGUGCGGCGACCACCGCCGUGCCGGGGGCACGGACAAGGAUCCAGCUGGCCAUGAAGUGGUCUGACCGCCUGGACGAGAAGACCAAGCGUCUGGCCAAAAUCAUGCAUGGCCGCAAGCGAAGAGGCGACCACGACGAGGAUUCAUGGAGUAGUGAUAGCUGA